AUGGAGCAUGAAAAUGAAUGUGCGGAUGAGCCUGUUGUCACUUUAAGAGAUCUAGCAAAACGUCGCGCCGAACUUGUGCGUAAAAAGCAGCUCGUCUUGGAUAAACUUAAUAAUACUAACUUACACAAUAUCCCUCAAACAUUAAUUGAACCGUCUCCAGCGACGCAACUGCCAUGCCUCCCAAAUGCCUCUACAUCCGAAAAUGUUCAAGAUAGCAUUGCACACUGUGAAACUCUGACAACGGUUUAUGAGCCUUCUUCUGGCCCUAGUGCAUCAUCUAUAAUGAUUCCAGAAGCUUUAGAUUUUUCUUCAGAUGAUAUAAACAAUGAUCCUGAUUACGUACCAUUAUCUGAAAUAACAAAUUUACAGCCUAUUGCUACUCCAUCUAUUACUUAUGAAAACGUUGAAUGGUUUGUGGAGAGAGAAAUUGAGCCUGAAGUGGCAAAAGCGUCACGCACAAGAAAAAGAAAGGCCGAUCGAAGUUCGUGGGCAGUAUCAAUUACAUAA